CGCUCUCAGCACUUUAGCAGGAAACAUGCCACUUAACCACGGUGGGCAGUUUUGUAAAAUUAAUGUAUCAUUGGCAAAGUUGUGGAAAGAUGGCAUUCCAUAAUUAUGCAAAGAUAUAAACAAAUAUUAAGAAGGCAUGUGCAUGUGGUGGCGUAAUUGCAAGGUGGAAGGAAGAUUAUUAUCUUUUGUUUACUUUUCUGUUUCCACUUUCCAUCCCCUCCCAUUCUCAUUUGUCCUCCUCCUCCUCCUCCUCCUCCUCGUCAUUCUGCUCUCUGAAGAUGGACUGCUCUGUCUGCAGUCCGGUGCCGAUAAUCUUAAGGCCUCACAGGAAUACAAUAUGCCCGGCUUGCUAUGAAGGAGUAAGAAGCAUUAUGUCCUUCUUAAACAAGCUAGAACUCGAUAAAUGCAUCGAUAAUAAAUCCAACGCUGCUGCCCCUCCAGCCCAGUCCAAUUCUUCCAAGGGAAUUGCAAAUGCGUUGAAGUGGAUGAAAGAGAUGAAGGAGAUUGAAGAAGGGUUGAAUGAGAAACUGGCUUUCCUUAGUGAGUUAGUUGUUGCGUUUAGAGAUGGAGUCCACACUGAUAUUCAAGUGAAGCCAGGCAAUGGACCUGCUAUACCGGCCCAUCGAGCUUUGCUGGCAUCAAAAUCCAACAUUUUUAAGAACAUGCUCGAGUCUGAUGGGUGCAAAGCUCCACCAAAUGAUACAAUCUGCCUGCCAGAAUUGAACCACGAGGAGCUUGAGUCCCUCUUGGAGUUCCUUUACAGCGGAAGCUUGCCAAUAGAGAAGAUAGACAAGCAUGUCUAUUCCUUGUCGAUGGCAGCUGACAAAUACGAAAUCCCGUUCCUGCAGAAGUUUUGCGAGCAGCGAAUGCUUGAGUCCCUGGAUUCGUCUAAUGUACUUGAUGUUCUAGAGAUCUCAGAAGUUUGUUCCAACCAAUUACUCAAGGAGACUGCCUUGAACUUGGUAGUAAAACACAUGGAAGAUGUAAUAUUUUCAACUAGAUACGAUGCUUUUGCAUUCAAGAACCCUCAUUUAAGUGUACAAAUCACAAGGGCUCUGCUGAUUGAGAUGAAGAACAGAAAAAGUGUUGAUUGAUUGAGAGAGAGAGAGAGAGAGAGAGAGAGUAUACCAAUUAAAAUGGCACCAAGCGAUUAAUUUUUUGAAUCUUUUAUUUUGAGAGUUGAUGUUCCCAACCAAUGUCCUCUCAUGUAAAAGAGAUUAAUAUAGAUAUGACUUUAUACUGUCUAAGAUAUGCUCCCGA